UGUGACGUUGACUUAGGACGAUAACGUAAUCGCUUAAAAUAAUAUUAUAAUAUAUUGCCAAUAAUAAAGUUUAACUUAUCGUCGUGCGGCGCUCAUGACGUAACAUCGUCCCACUUUCAAUCGAGUUCGCUUAAAAAAAAAAAUUUCCAUAACGUUUACGCGCAUCAGUUUCUGUUAUCUAUUGUCAAUUUUACUGAUUUUAGUAUUUCCAAUUUAGUAAUUAGUUUACGCCCGAUGUUAGCGGAGGGCGGUAGUUGAUUGCGAGUCGACAAUUUAUUACGUAUUUUGAGAACAUAUUGCUAGCAACAAUCUUACCAUGGACAGAGAUUCAAAAAAAUUAUUUCAUAAAGUUAUAGUUGAUUUAUUAUGCUUAGGUUCAGUUGGUUUUCCUGUAUUGAUGUUUUAUAUGUUUGGCUCUCCAUAUCAAAGAGGAUUCUUCUGUGGCGAUGAAUCUAUUCGAUAUCCAUUCAAAGAAUCAACUGUUUCAUCAAGUAUUUUAUAUACAGUUGGAUUAGGACUACCCACAUUAGUAAUCUUAUUAAUUGAAUAUUCAAUGCAAAACAAUGAACAAUCACGUUAUUCGUUAUUGGGAACACCUAUUCCUAAUUGGCUGUAUUCCGUGUACAACAAUAUAUUAUGGUUUUUAUUUGGAGCAGCUUGUUCACAACUAACUACAGAUAUUGGUAAAUAUACAAUAGGAAGAUUGAGACCACAUUUUUUAGACAUUUGUAAGCCCGACGUGGACUGUGAUAAUGACAUAAAUAAAACAAAAUAUAACGAAGAUUUUACAUGCCGCGGAGAAAGGCCCAACAAAUUUACCGAUAGUAGACUAUCAUUUCCUUCUGGGCAUUCUUCAUUAUCAUUUUAUUGUAUGGUUUACUUAGCGUUAUAUUUACAAGCCCGAGUUAAGACAUCUAAGUAUGGAAUGGCAAGAAGCUUAGCUCAAUUUGUGGUUAUUUUGAUGGCAGUGUUUUGUGCACUAUCACGAGUCAGUGAUUAUAAACAUCAUUGGAGUGAUGUAUUGGCUGGAACAAUUUUGGGAAUCACCACUGCUACUAUAACUGCAUUAUACGUAUCGGAAUUAUUUGCGUCAAAAUAUAAAUCCCUCCGAAAACGCAAUUCUUCAGCAGAUGACAUCGAAACUACAAAUAAUUUACAAACAACCGAACUCAAAUAAAUAUGCACUAAUGCUCCAAACCUGCAUUUAAAUUGUAUGAGUAUUCUUGAAUAUAUCGUUAAUAUAUUGAUUAUAAUAAAUAAUUUGACAAUUUUUUUUUCCCAUUUGUUUAAAUGACAGUGGACAGUGGAAUCAUAUACAUUGUUAGUCCUAACUAUAUUUAUUAUUUUCAAAACGAAAACUUAAAUGAAUAACAGAUAAUUUUUAAUCGCAAUUUUCAUUUUUAUUUAAUUUUAAUUUUAAUAUUACAAAUAAUUUAAUUGUUUUUUAUUUAUACAUUUUUCAAGUAUAGGUGUAUUUUGAAUAAAAUAUACAUAAAUUACAUUAAAUUAUAAUUAUUUUUUGUGAUCAAUUAAUUAACGAGGGUAGGUACCUUAUAUAUUUAUUUUAUUCAUAAAUGGAAUCCUCAAGAUUUUGUGCAGUUAUUGUAUAGGUGCUAUUUUUUCAUUAAACAUUAAUACUAAAACUUUUUUACAAGAAUUAAUAUGGUUUUGGGUAUAUCUUUUAAACAUUACCGAUUAGACAUUUUAUUUAUAUUAAAUUCUAAGCCACCAUCACAUUUUAUUAAACAAGACUAAAAAAAAAUGCAAUUUAUUUAUUUUUAAGCUGUGGUUAAAUAAAAGCACAUUUUAUAUUAAUUAUUAUAUAUUUUAUGUAUCUUGUAUAAUAUAUUUUAAGAAAAUAUAUAUUUCCAACAUAACUAUAAUAAUAUUAUGUUCCUUCCAUAUAAAUGUAUACUUUUUGUUUGUUAUAACUUCAUUAGUAUAAUUUAUUAACUAUUUUACUAAAAAAAGGCAGAUCUAUAAUUUGUUGUUACCUGUUCACAUUUAAAAAAAUUAUAAUAAUAUGAUCAGCUUUAAUUUUGAUUACUAUUAUUAGUAUUAUUAAGAUUAUUAAUUUAGUACUAAAUAACAAAAUUAAUUCAUUUUUGUACUAAUAUUAUUCAUUAGGUAGUGUUUUAAUUUUUUAAUGUUUAUAUAAUAUGCGUU